CCCGAAUCAAAGGGCGUAUGACAUUGAACAAGAAUUACUUAUUCAGAUAUUGUAUUUGACAACGUUACUCUGCCAUCAAAACCUAGUCACCCAACAUGCCACAAACCAUAAGGUCUAUAUUCGGCAAGCCAGGUCGAAUUGCCAAGCCUCUAAAGCAAUCACCGCCCUCUCGUCAACGUUCUGACUCAACUCCGCGAAGAGCGACCUCCAAGUCCAAGCAUCAAGACAAUGAUCUAUUCUAUGACAAACUCGACGACAUCGGCCUAACCAAGGCUUUGGAGCAAGAACUUACAUUACGAGAUGUCGUCCAAGCGAUGCGGUACAUCCGUGCUCGGAUGUUCAGUCCCGUGCCUCAAGCAGGUUUCAACUCAACACGAACUGCUGAGAUUCUCAACUACCGCGCGACAAUGGCACCUCUAGUUACCGUAGGCCAUCUCAAUGCUAUUCUUAGUUCACCAGGGAAAGUUGAACGGGAACUUGCAGAAUUAGCGAUGAAUGGCGUAGUGCGCAGAGUCAGAGUUGAGAGACGUGGAGGAGGAGGUGAAGCCUUGAUAGAGAUGAUGGACUACAAUGAGAUGCUAGACAAAGCGCCACUACAUGAAGUGACGAGGAAAUCAUUCAAAGCCUUUCUGAAAGAGAACCCAACUACGCAGAUACUGUAUAAGGGUGCACUGGAGAACACACAGGCCGACGAGCUUAUUCGUGCAGGCUUUCUGACAAGCUCAACGCCCUCAACACCAGAAAGUACUCUCGAUAUUCGGCCAGAAAACCGAACGACGCUGACAUCCAUUCACCAUGUCUCACGGUUUGCUUCAGGCACAGCUUCUGCUGUGGGCGGCCACAAUGCUAUUCAUCUUGCUGGUGGCGGUGGAGGCGCCCCAACACUUACACGCUUAACCUCAACACCAUCUGGCCUCCGAAUAUCAGUCCCAGGUCAUGGCCGGCAUCUGAAGCUGGCGACCGCUACCGUGGACUGGGUUCGAGACUCCCUACGGCGAACGCGUUGGGGAGAAGGGCCAGAGAGCUGGUUAAAAGAACGCUUUGAAGGUGGUGGGCUUUAUGGACCGCGGUGGAAGGAUUUCUGGGGAGUUGAAUGGUACUGGGUCUUAGGAGAAGCCGUAGGGCUGGGCGUCGUGGAAGUUUUUGAAACGGGAAGCGUAGGAAGAGGAUUGAGAGCAUUGGGAGGUUGACACGAUGCGGCAAAAUCUAUACGGCAUUGUUUUUCGAUUUCUAGUUUUUUUGGCGCAUGAGACUAUGGUGUUACUCGUGGAAAGCUAAUUCUGAUACUCAUUGGCACCUUUGCUUCAAGCAAAGAUAACGGACUUCUGUGAUGUAUCAAGGGGGAAGACACGCUCUGUAUUAAUACAUAUGGACUCGAGUCAUAAACAUAGGCUUUCCAAUUGAUUGACCUACCAACAAC